GUUGUCCUUGACAGGAUCGAACACGAACACACGAACACCUCUUCUUUGGAACAUGAAAACUCAAUUGUGAACUGAUAAUCCUACACAGUUCACAACACAUUGCCUAGAACCAUGGUCAACUCACUUCCUCUCGCCCUAGCGGCAGCGUCAUUGUUGCUACCCGCCACUAACGCCUUCUACGACAAAUCAUCACCAGUAAUCCAAGCUGAUGGCAAGUCUUUCAACAACAUAGUCAACAAGUCGAAUCACACGAGCAUCGUCGAGUUCUACGCUCCAUGGUGUGGACAUUGCCAAAAUCUCAAACCUGCGUACGAAAAAGCGGCCAAAUCUCUUUCAGGUCUGGCCAAAGUCGUGGCCGUGAACUGCGAUGAAGAACCGAACAAGCAGCUAUGCAGCCAAAUGGGCGUUCAAGGUUUCCCGACUUUGAAGAUUGCAAAACCAGGCAAGAAGCCGGGCAGACCAAUCAUUCAAGAUUACCAAGGCGCUCGAAGCGCAAAAGCGAUUGUGGAUGCUGUGAUUGAACAGAUUCCGAACCACGUGAAGAGGCUGAAGGAUGAUGACUAUGCGGCGUGGGUGGCAGAAGGCACGGGUCCAAAAGCGAUUCUUUUCACCAACAAAGGCCCAGUGAGUCCGACGCUCAAAGCUGUGGCGGUCGACUUCCUUGGUGGGCUAGAUGUGGCUCAGAUCCGCGACAAGGAGACCGAAGCGGUGGGGACUUUCGAAGUCGAGAAGUUUCCUACUCUUGUCUUACUACCAGGAGAUGGCAAGGAUCCAGUCACAUACAAUGGCGAGAUGAAGAAAGACAAGAUUGUCAAGUUCCUGUCGCAAGCCGCAACGCCGAAUCCAGACCCACCCAAGUCGGAAAAGAAGACGAAGUCCACCAGCUCCGACAAGAAGAAGGACGCCAGCUCUUCAUCGAAGUUUGCCAAGUCGUCUGCAUCACAGAAGUCAUCCGAGAGCGAAGCCGGCGAGACUGCUACACCUGAGACGAAGCCAACCCCUAAAGCAGCCGCGCCUAAGUCAGAAGCUACACCUAUCGCAUCACUCGCCGAUCCUCUGGCACUUCAGCACAAAUGCCUUAACGACAAGGCAGGGACAUGUGUGCUGGCUCUGCUCCCAGAAGACACAUCAUCAGAGGGCACGACCCUUGCCAUCAAGAGCCUCAACGAGAUCCAACAGAAAUACGAAGGACGCAAACUCUUCCCCUUCUACCAGAUCCCGCAUGCCAACGCUCAGAAUCCUGCUUUACGAAGCAAGCUGGACCUCGCCUCGGACAAGGUCGAAAUCAUCGCUAUCAACGGUAAGCGAGACUGGGUCCGCCAUUACACCGUUGCCGACUUCCACCAAUCCAAGAUCGAGGACUGGAUCGAUGCUAUCCGCAUGGGUGAUUCGCCGAAGAAGAAGCUUCCCGAAGGUCUCGUCGUUGAUGCUUCGGAACUUCCUGCAGAACCUGUUGUUAUUGAGGACCCGGAUCAAGUCAGAAUGAAGGAGACUGCGCCGGAUCCAGAUAACGUUGAACCAGAGUCAGACGCAGUGAAGAAGAUGAAGGAGCAAUUGAAGGCGCAGAUGCCAGAGGGGAUGGAGUUCGAAAUGGAGGAAGUGAGCGACGAGGAGUAUGAGAAGAUCAUGAAGCAAGGGGAGGAAGCGGGCAAGAAGCGUGAUGCUGCGGAAGAACAUGAUGAAUUGUAAGAUUAGCGAUACGACAAAAGUAAAGUAGUGCUCUGGGGGUGUGCUACAUUUUCUGUUCCUGAGUUCUCGGGUCAUGGGCCAACGUAAAUAAUUUGCAUACUCGGGAAUCAGCUCAAUUCUCAUUUGCAGCAGUAUUUGUUUUGUUCCUUGUGCAUAAAUUUUCC